AAAGCUGACAGCAGAUGUUACAGUUAAGAUAGCUGAGAUAGAAGAAAACCUAUCAGCCUUGGCAGUGAAGAGUAACAGUACAGAUGCUGACCUGAAUAUGCUGGAGACAGAUGCCAAAAGCCUAGACCGUGUCGUGAAAGAACUUGCAGAACAGCUAGAGUUCAUCAAGAUCUCUGAUGUUCGGGGAGCCUUGGAUAGUAUCACCAAGUACUUCCAGAUGUCCCUGGAGGCAGAGGAGAGGGUCAAUGCCUCCACUGUUCACCCCGACAGCGCCGUGGAGCUGUCGGCCCAGACGCGGCAGGAAGUGGAAGGCUUGAUGGCUGAGAAGGAGGCCCAGUUUAAGGCUAAACAAGAGGAGCAGUCGCGCCUUCUGGAUGAACUCGCAGGCAAGCUGCAGAGCCUGGAUCUCUCGGAAGUAGCUGAGAAGACAUGUGGCACUCCUGUGGGAGCCUCUUGUGCCGAGUCCGAGUGUGGAGGUUUAAACUGUCGAACGGAUGAUGGAAAGAAGAAGUGUGGGGGACCUGGCUGCGACGGGCUGGUGACCCUAGCUCACAAUGCCUGGCAGAAAGCCAUGGAUUUUGACAGAGACAUCCUCAGUGCAUUAGCAGAAGUUGAGCAACUCUCCAACAUGGUUUCUGAGGCGAAACAGAGAGCCGAUGAAGCAAAACAAAAUGCACAAGCAGUUUUGCUUAAAACCAAUGCUACAAAAGAACAAGUGGACAGAAGCAAUGAAGAUCUGAGAAACCUUAUUAAACAGAUUAGAGACUUCCUAAUGCAAGACAGCGCUGACCUGGAUAGCAUCGAGGCAGUGGCUAAUGAAGUGCUGAACAUGGAGAUGCCAAGCACGCCCCAGCAGCUGCAAGCCCUGACAGAAGACAUUCGUGAGCGUGUAGAAAGCCUUUCUGAUGUUGAGGUCAUUCUGCAGCAGAGUGCUGGAGACAUUGCCAGAGCAGAAAUGCUACUGGAGGAAGCUAAAAAAGCAAGCAAAGGUGCAACAGAUGUUAAAGUCACUGCAGACAUGGUGAAAGCAGCACUGGAAGAAGCCGAAAAAGCUCAAAAUGCAGCUGAAAAAGCCAUCAAACAAGCUGAUGAAGACAUUAAAGGAACUCAAGACCUGCUGACCUCAAUUGAAUCUGAAAAUGCAGCAUCUGAAGAAACACUGAACAAUGCUACCUUACGUCUGUUUGAGCUAGAGAAGAGCGUUGAAGACCUUAAGCAAAAGGCUGCUACAAAUUCAGAGAAUGUGGACAAUAUAGAAGAAAAAAUCGUUACUGCAAAACAAAAUGCUGAAGAAGUUAAAAAGGUCCUCAACACUGAGCUGAACGGCAAGUACAAAACGGUGGAAGACCUCAUUGCCAAGAAGACAGAAGAGUCGGCUGAUGCCAGGAGGAAAGCCAACACAUUGCAAGAUGAAGCUAAAGCCUUAUUGGCUCAAGCAAACAGCAAACUCCAGCUGCUCAAAG